UGUAUGUAUGUGCGGCAAUUAGCAUAAUGCUAAGCGUGCUCCGCAGCAUCAAUCAAAAACACUCUCUUACUCUCCCGUACGAAUUAGUGCUUCCAACUUCCUUCCUUUGCGCCCUCCACAACCAACCUCCAACCUCCUCAAUCCUUUAUCUUUUCUCCAUCAUAUCCCAUCUGAAUACCAUUCUCAGCUUCCCCAAACUCCCAUCGCAUUAUCGCCCCUAGUCUUGUUCCGCUGAGCAGACACGUGAGGUUUCUCUCUUCGGCACCCCCCUAUUGCGACCUGCAGGCAGCGGGUGACCAAAGUCUGGUGGUGGAUGACAGCUUGUUUGCUUAGCCACGCCCUUCCCCUUACCGCUUCCUUGACUCGAUCACGGUUGUGAUCGAACUGUACGCUCGCAGGCGAGUCGAUGGUUAUCCUUUCCACAUCGCCCGGUCUCUUUCCGGACUAUCUUGCCGACGUCGAUUAGAUCGCUUCGGCAUCUCCCAAGAUGGGCAACGUUGGAAGCCGUCUUGAUGACUCGGGAAACCUAUUCUUCAAGGAUCAGACCAAGUUUACAAUCACCUCGGUGACUGUCAGCAAUUCCAGACGCCGGGUGUUAAACCUCGUCCCAAACUCUUUUCCGGCAACAAGAUACUUUGCAAAGCGAGAUGCCAGCGAUGACAGCCCAGUCGAAUACGUGCAGGUAACAAAUAACAAAAGGACUAUCUUACAUAUCCCUAGAAAUAACCUCGCAUUGCUAAUGGUAUCUGCGUUGCGAUCUGACAGGACCCAGAUCUUCCUCCAUCUGCGCCUGUGCCAACGUUCCUGCUCCGCCUAACUAACGAGGACGAACUGAUUUUCAAUUUUACGUUCAUUCUAAGGCAGACCCAGAUCAGUAACGUGACAAACUCCACCGUUAAUGGUGUCUCGACAUCCCUUCCUGAAGUUGCGGACACUGUUCUCACCGGACUCACAUUUGCUCAUGCGUCAAAUUCCAAAGAACUGGAUAACUUGAUCACGAGAGAGUUCCACGCCAACCCCAACCUGCAGAACAACUCCAACGUUCAGUUUGUUGGGGAUUUUACUACAGGAGGCAGUCCGUCAGUUCAUUUCGAAUGGUCAUGGAAAUGGAAACCUCCGAAGACGAUGGAAGACAAGGGUGGCGGCUGGCGAAACAGCUGCAGCUUUUUAGACUACGAUCAGAGGACCAACCGCUUAAAUACCCUCGCUCAUUUCUCUUUCUGGGUACAUAGUGCUGUUCGGCUACUUCCCAGUCCACGAAUACCGCCGCCAAACUUGGAGUUAUUGGUUCCUGGCCGCGGUCGCCUGCCCUCGUCUCAGUCCUUCGCCUCAGAUUUCGAGGCAGCAUCCAACCAUCAUAUGCCUUCUACGCCACCGGAAGCAUCCGAUACCUCACCAGCUCCCCCGCCCGUGAAAGUUGACCUUCCUCACUCGCGACCAGGCGAAGAUAUGAGUGCAGUCGAGGAUGGCCCAUUGUUUAGGGCCACUAUGAAGGCCUUGGAACAAAAGACAGGAAACAUGCGCACGAAGAUCAAAAAAGUACUUAAGAAAGCAGACGCGGCUAGGCAAGCACAAGUGACUUGCAAUGAUGCUGUAGAGGCGUUUCUUGCUGCGCUGAGAGAUGCUUCGACUUCCAAUGCGAACGCCAUUCAGCCCGCACUAGAUCAUUAUUUUGAAAACAUCGCACGGGAAAUACUGCAUUACGAGCAGCUCAAUGCACUCCAGCUCCAGAAACUCGUCAUCGAGCCAUUGACCAAACUGUACAACAACGACAUCAAACAAGCCGAGGCCAAGAAGAAAGAAUUUGAGGAAGAAAGCAGGGAUUACUAUGCAUAUGUUGGCCGCUAUCUUGGCCAGCGACAGGAUUCUCUGAAAGAGAAAAAGCGCGCAGAGAGCGACUCCAAAUAUCAGGCCAAACGGCGUAAUUUUGAACUGAAGCGCUUUGACUAUUCCUCAUUUAUGCAAGAUCUACAUGGCGGACGCAAAGAGCAAGAGGUGCUCUCUCAUCUCACCAAAUACGCAGAUAACCAAGCGAAGAACUUUCUCGCAGCGUCUAAGAAGAUCGAGGAAAUGGCUCCUCAAUUAGAGGCUCUUAUACAUGAAGUAAACCAAGCGGAUAAAGAGUUCCAGUUUCAAAGAACAGAAAGAGAAGAGAAGCGAAGGAUUUUGGAAAAAAGUUCCAACAUGUACCUUGAGCCUGAUGCUUCUGCCAACGCGACCGUGCCGGCCUUGGGCAGCAACGGAAUUCAGUAUCCAGACGCUGAACUGGGUCGAGCAGAUAGUACAGGAUCUCAACUACGUAAAGUUCUCAGCACCAGCUCUUCCACGUCAUCGCAGACUGUUGCAACAGGCCUGGGUUCAUCUGCCGGAGCUCCUGUGAUCUCGUCCUCUAUAGGAUCAAUUGGAUCAUCUAGCCAGAGCCGCUUCAAGGGGAUCAGAGACCUAGACGAACGAGACACUCUUGCCCCCGAUAGGACUGGGGGUCCGCAGAGAAAGGAGGGGCUUCUGUGGGCACUCUCCCGUCCAGGGUCUCAUAUCGACCCUAAGGGUAUCAAUAAACAGGCCUGGCAUAAAUUUUGGAUCGUGUUAGAUCAGGGAAAAUUGUCUGAAUACAGCAACUGGAAACAGAAGCUUGAUUUACACAUGGACCCCAUCGAUCUCAGAAUGGCAUCAGUGCGGGAGGCGAGAAACGCAGAACGACGAUUCUGCUUUGAGGUUAUAACUCCCCAAUUCAAACGCAUAUACCAGGCGACUUCAGAGGAUGACAUGAAGAACUGGAUCCGAGCUAUCAACAAUGCACUUCAGAGUGCCGUUGAGGGACGUGGUAUAUCGCAUCCUCUGCCGCCACCCAAGCAGAAUACAUCUUCAAUUGGCCGUGACAUUGGGUCAGUUCUGACUGGAAAGAGCUCUUCGUACUCGGGACAUCAUUCCCAUUCCCCUAGUUCCAACAAUGGAGUGAAUCGUCGGACCACGGUCGGGGCUCGGCCCAGCUACGUACGUGGUGACAAUAGUUAUGAAGAAAAUCCGUCGAGGCUACUUCAGACAGUCCGCGAUGCAGAUGAAGGCAACUACUGGUGUGCAGAUUGUGGGUCCUCGUCCAAGGUCGAAUGGGUGUCGAUCAACCUAGGGAUUGUGCUAUGUAUCGAAUGCAGUGGCAUCCAUCGGUCACUGGGAACUCACAUAUCAAAAAUACGGUCUCUCACGUUGGAUGUCAAUUCCUUUUCGAACGACAUUGUAGAGAUACUCCUGCAGAUCGGCAACCGCGUGAGCAACAUGGUCUGGGAGGCAACCCUAGAUCAAAGUAGGAAACCGUCGGCCAAUUCUACGCGGGAACAACGACUGCAAUUUAUAACCGCCAAGUAUAGCGACCGGGCCUACGUGCAGCCGCUGUCCUUGUCUCGGUCACGAUUCUUGACCCCGGAUGAAACACUGCUCGCCUCGAUCAAGAAGAAUGACAUCCAGGGCGUUCUGUACGGCAUUGCGCUUCGUGCCAAUGUCAAUAUUACUGACCGCUCACGGAAUACGCACGCUGUUUUCCUCGCUUUGGCCGCGGCAGAUCCCGCAAUGCCUGGCUCAACUUCGUCGACCCGGCCAUCCACUGCAUCCUCGGUGAAACCGACUCCCUUCCCUAUCGCCGAACUUCUUGUUCAGAACGGGGCGGAGAUACCCUCACAGCCACCACCCAUCCCGCUCUCACCAGCCGCCCAGCUAUAUCUCAGCCAGCGAACGGCCAGGACGGGAGCAUUUAGUUCCCGGCCAGGUAUCGCAGGGCCGGGAAAUGCGGGAGCCGACACCCUGAGUUCCUUGCCCACAAUCCGAGCAGCGGGGAAUGAGAGCUUGUCAUCGUCACAGGCAAUAACUCCGUUGGAUAACAAGGAGCGCGAGAAGCUGCACAAGAGAGGAAGCGCGGGAGCGCGAUUCGCAGGGAAGGUUGCUUCCCUCGGUAUAGAUCGAUAGCGGCUGUCGAAAUACUUGGGCGGCCAUAUGCCGUAAUGGCCAGUAAUUAUAUCUAAUGAGGCUUAGUGACAUAAUGACGGUGAUGGGAUUUUUUUUUUUUUUUUUAAUGACAACUCUACAUAUUCCGACAUAUCCAGGUUUGGGAAGGGCAUCUUUCAGUUUCUCUUUUCCUGCUUCCUGUUCUUUUUCCCCCGUGGCUCGUUGGCUUUCUGUUCCCAUAUUUCUUACUCGCCAUGUCAGCAUUUAUUCAAUCUUAUUUUUUUUUAUUUUUCCUUUGCAGGUGCGUUGGCGCGUAUAUGAUUCAUAUUCAUGGCAUCAAUCCGUUGCCCGAUGAAGCUAUUAUGAUACCUUGGGUGUAUUGCUAUUGUUAAUAUUAAUAAUACCUAUGCAUCCAGCGUCCC